GUCCUGGCAGUGCUUCACCCUCAGUACAAUACUCAAUACUUCAAGGAUCAGUCCUGGCCCGAGGAGUGGAUAACGGAGGCCUGCACAAUCCUCGAAGAUGAAUGGAUGAGUAACUAUUGCCCCAAGGACCAGGCUCCCAUGCCCACCAGGAACCCUGCCAUUCCAGUACCGCUGGUGUCUGUGUCUCGAUCAGGCCCUGGUUGA